UUUAGUAGGUUUUUGUUCUCCUGCUCAGUUUUGUUUAAUUUGGCAAUUAUUCAAUCAUCAGCUGUCUUAUCAGCUUUUUAAAAUUCAUAGUGCUGUAUCUGAAGAUCAGAAAUUUCAGUUUCUUUUUGUUGUGUCUGAAUGUAAAAUAAUGGAUAAUAAUUGCUAUAUAUGUGAAGGAUUCUUAUUUAUCUCUAACUUGUAUUUGCAAAAUGGAUAUGAAAAAAAGAUCUUCACAUUAUUUCCAGUCUACAUUCUCAUAAUAGUUAUAAGGUUCAUUCCCAUUAUGAUUAAUAAUCUUCAAAUGUUGUGGAUUUAUUAAGCUUAAAAACAAACAGUAUGGAUAAGUGGUGUUACC